UUCAGUGCAGGUGUUUUUUUUUUUUCUCAUGACACCUCGGAGACAAGACCCGACCGUAAGUAGCCUAAGACUGUUGAGGAGGAAUCAAAGCUGAUACAAAAAAUAAUAAAUAAAUGUUUGAUCCGCACUGAAAUCCGAAAGCAGCAGCGAAAGGAAAGAUAUGCUCGUCUGGAUGAGAGACCCCCGCUGGGCGACGACACACGGAGCGUAUGUCGGCUGAGCCGUGGAGGCGCGCUGCCAUUGACUGGAGCCGAGGCGCAAAUGGGAGCGAAACGAUGAAAACCGAGCGCGGCGGAGUGAGCGUCCUCGCGCAAAGAUAAUUUCAAGGUAUUAUACACCAUUUAAGGAUUAGCAAUCCGUGAUAUCUGCCGCUGUCUGAACAUCGUCGGUGGAUGCUGACCGCUUGAACGGCGGCAUUUAUUUGUCGCCAGACAAAUUCCAUUUUUCCUCUCUGCAGAUGUGGGCUGCAAGAAGAAUAGGGCCUGUUCGGUGGGUGAAGGGAUUCAUCACUGAUCACGAUGAGCAACAAAUCGGUGUUAAUCAUCCACAGCAUUACAGGCUGAGCCUUAUGGAUGAGUCUGCUGGACUGUUUUCACGUGUAAUGGAUGAUGUGGCAUGUUUACGUGAGAUGUGAGAAUAAAUACAGAUGCUUGUUGAAUUUUGCACCUGAAAGCACUGGAAACGGAGGAGCAGCUACAUCGGUUUAUUAUUGUUGCACCGUGGAAAAGCGAACCACGGCUGUUUUUUUCUCUCCUGACAUUCUGCUGAUCAAGAUGGGACUAACCUGACUUCAUGUCAACACGCUGCUGGAUGUGAGAGGCCACACGUGCAGACAAUGCCAAGCUCUCAGGCGCCCGAUAUGGGCACAAAUUUCACUGAUGCUCCCUGGGAGCCUGGUUUCACCGGCUCUAAUCGAAACUUGGUGUGGUCCUCCAUGGUGAACAGCGUGGUUAAGAUGGUGCUCAUAUCUGUCAUAGUGUGCGUGUCCUUGUUCGGGAAUGUGGUGGUGCUGCUGGUGUUCCAGAGGAAGCCCCAGCUCCUUCACGUGGCCAAUCGAUUUGUCCUCAACCUCCUCUUGGCAGACCUGCUCCAGACCAUAUUAGUCAUGCCCUUUGCCAUUGCAGCCACCGUGCCAGGUGUGUGGCCCCUGGAUGCCCGAAUGUGCCAGGCUCUGGUGGUGCUCAUGCACCUUUUUGCAUUUGCUGGGGUCAACACCAUUAUCGUUGUCUCUGUGGAUCGCUACCUGGCCAUCAUCCACCCUCUGUCCUAUCCCACCCGCAUGACCCCUCACCUGGGCACUAACCUGAUCAUCUGCACCUGGGUGCUCAGUUUCCUGCAGAGCACGCCUCCCCUUUUCGGCUGGGGGGCCAUUGACUUUGACCGGCGUCACAACGUGUGCUCAGUGGUGUGGUCCUCUAGCCUGUCCUACUCUGUUGUGGUGUCCACCUUCUCCUUCUGGCUGCCUGUGCUCAUCAUGCUCGGAUGCUACUGGAUGGUGUUCAGAGCGGCUCGGAGGCAAAACGCGCUCGUGCACCCCAUACAGACACGGUCCUACUCCCAGCCCUGGCCACAGGGACCGAGCAGUCCACAGCGCCAACCGCAGCCCCAACCGCAACCGCAGCCACAACCACAACCACAACCACAACCACAACCACAACCACAGCCCCAGCCCCAGCAGGCCAGUCCACCUGAUGGCCCCUACUCAAACAGGGGAUACCCUGUUCGAGUUAGGCACAGACGUUUCCACUACCACUGCAAGGCAGCUCGUGUAGUUUUUGUGAUAAUGGCCUCAUAUAUCCUCAGCAUGGGGCCUUACAGCAUACUUAAUACUAUAUCUAUGAGUGCCAGAGCAGCUGUACCCCCAUGGCUCUCCUCCCUUGCCCUGGUGCUCUUCUUUUUGCAGUGCUGCCUCCACCCGUACAUUUAUGGUUACAUGCACCGCAGUGUGAGGAAGGAAUUCCUCGCGCUGCUCUGCGGGCUGUUCUGCAAACAGGGCCGUCCCAGCCAGAGCUCUGCCGUGGAGAGCUGCUUCACAACUACAGAGGGACGUUUCGGCGGCCACUCUCACCUGCCCAGUCUGACUGCCCGAGUCUUCCCUCUGCGGACUUGGGAGGAGUGCACGACGUCCUCCUCGCCCACUUUUGAGAGGAAGUCGAGGGACAGCCGCAAAGAGACGACCUCCACCAGCGUCAGCUCUGAGAGGGAACUCACAGUCCACAGCAGACGAAGCACAUAAACUGUCUCGAGGAUCCAUCGGAUGGACCGUGUACAUCACAGAGUGUGUUCACACAUAAACUAAUAUGCCUCCUUGACAACAGGGUCAUUCAUUCUGAAGUUGCUGGCAUUAGAAAUAGUGGUAUAUCUAGUUGAUCACCAACAUGUUAAUAACUGUCCCUGAUGAUUGAAUAAUAACUGUCCGUGUGACUAUUACGUUAUUUUCAUUGAGUCAAAUUUUGAGAAACACAAUUUUUGGAGCCAGUUUAAAAGUGUCAGAUAGGUCACAAUGUAGGCAGCUGUUAUUUUUGUAUUUUAUAGUUGCAUUAUGUUUCGUCUCUACAAAUCAUUUUUAGUAUUUUAAAUGUAUGCAAUUAUUGUACUAGUUAAUUUGACAUAAACUGGGCAUUUAGAUUAAUCUCAACCUAAUGUAAAUGUUUUGUUUUUGUUUUUUUCAACUAGACAAAUGAUUAUGUUGGAUCAAAGUGAUUUGCCCUAAUCAUGGGCCAUAGAUGUCUCAGAUAAAGCAUUGAUCUGCAGUAUCUGCACAACAACUUAUGUCUCCUAUAAACUCUGUGUGAUCCUGCCUGAGGGCACAUGAUGUACUGUCCUUGUGUUACCGCAAGCUUCGCCUGCGACUAAUGAACUCAGGGUAUAUGCUUGUGGAACAGUGUGUAGUCUCGGUUUUUUGAAUCUUUGAAGAGCAAGCGAACAUAUGUGUGUUUACGUCCCGGUCGCGGUAACUGUUCUAGGUCUCUUUUGAGUAACUGAGUAGAAUAGUGAUCUGGUGCCACAUUGUCUUAGCCUCUUAGUUUCCUUUAACUCUCAAGGUGGAAAUUCUGCAUCUUGCUGCAGUGUGCCACUGUCUAUUUGUACUCAGUAGUUGCUGUCUUUUCAGUGUCUGCCUUUCUUUGAGGAAGCUCAGUAUUUUUAUUGAGAGAAUACAGAGCAUAGAGAGCAAGGUAUGAUAAAAAAAGAGUUAAAAAAAAACACUACUCCAGUGGACUUCUUGCACCAGUAAUUUAACGUAGGCUGCAUGCCGGAAGAUCUUAUGUAACAGAGUUCUCAUAUUCCACUGAUCACAUGUAGAUUUGUAAAGUUACCUCCUGGUGCAGUAUUUGUAAUGGAAAAAAACCCUGUGUGCUUAAUUAAAGAGGAUGAGUACUUAUGUAAGUGGCAUACGCUUGCAAUGACUCAUCUCAGAGAAAGUUGUUGGGUAGAUGAUGUGUUUCCAAAGGAUGUCAUAGGUGCAUUACAACAUGUGCAUUAUUUGAAAAGUGUGUCAAGUCCCAAGUUUGUCAAGUUUUUGUAGCCUUUUGAGAAAGAGGAAAAAAAUAAUUUGAGUAAUGAGCCAGGACGCUCUCAUUGUGUUGUUGUUAUUAUUAUAAUAAGACUAUGAUAGUUUUCUUAGAAACCACUCACAACUUAUCGGACCUGACUGGCUUUGAUUUGAGCCUUAGUUUACUGAAAGGGUCACUGUAGAAAUCCAUACUACAGUAUUAUUAUAGAUGACAAUCAAACUUGUAUAAUAAGUUUGUCUUAGUGUUGCUAAAAGACGAAGGGGUACAGUACAGUAUGUAAUAAAGUUUAUUGUCAAAUUAGAGAAAAUAAUGUUUUUAAGUGCUUUAAAACAUCAUUUUGUGAUUUUUAUCGUGCUUUUGUAUUAUUUCUGGUUAUCUUAUCCAACAUCAAAAGUGUUCUGUUGUUUAAUAAAGGU